CGUCAAGACAGAGAGAUAGAUAGAGCCACCGUUAAUGUUCCCGAACUUUCCACGAGAUUCUCUACUAUAGUAUGUGAAAGAGGAAGGAAGAAGAGAAAGGAGCCCUAAAUUAGUAAUUAAAUUGAGGGAAAAGUGAAGAAACGAAAGAGAGAAGGAGAAGAAGGAGGAGGAGGAGAGAUGGGUGUGGAUUACUACAAGGUUCUACAGGUUGAUAGAAGCGCCAGCGACGAUGACCUUAAGAAAGCUUACAGAAAACUCGCUAUGAAGUGGCAUCCCGACAAGAACCCUACCAACAAAAAAGAGGCCGAAGCUAAGUUCAAGCAGAUCUCUGAAGCCUACGAUGUUCUUAGCGAUCCUCAGAAGAGAGCUGUAUUUGAUCAAUACGGUGAGGAAGGGUUAAAAGGGAACGUGCCACCUCCUAAUGCUUCUGGUGGUGGUGGUGGAUCUUCCUACUUUUCUACAGGAGAUGGACCUUCAUCUUUCAGGUUCAACCCGAGAAGUGCUGAUGAUAUAUUCGCUGAGUUCUUCGGGUUCUCUACUCCCUUUGGUGGAGGAGGAGGCGCUGGUGGCAGCCCGUUUGGUGGAGGAGGCGUUGGUGGCAGUGGAAUAGGGCAGAGGUUCGCUAGCCGUAUCUUUGGUGAUGAUAUGUAUAGCUCGUUUGGUGAAGGAGGAGGAGGAGGUGGGUCAAUGCAUCAUCACCAUCAUCAUCACGGUGCAGCUCGGAAAGUGGCUCCAAUAGAGAACAAGCUGCCCUGUAGCCUUGAAGAUCUCUACAAAGGAACCACCAAGAAGAUGAAAAUCUCCAGGGAGAUUGCUGAUGUCAGCGGCAAAACAACGCAAAUUGAAGAGAUUCUAACGAUUGGAGUGAAACCAGGAUGGAAGAAAGGCACAAAGAUCACAUUCCCUGAGAAAGGCAACGAACAUCCCGGAGUGAUUCCAGCUGAUCUUGUCUUCAUCAUCGACGAGAAACCACAUCCAGUGUUCACACGUGACGGCAACGACUUGAUUGUCACACAGAAGAUCUCACUAGCUGAAGCCUUAACAGGCUACACCGUCAACAUAACGACCCUUGAUGGUCGUUCACUUACAAUCCCCAUCACAAACGUGAUCCAUCCAGAGUAUGAAGAGUUGGUGCCAAAAGAAGGAAUGCCACUUCAGAAAGAUCAGACAAAGAAAGGGAACUUGAGGAUCAAGUUCAACAUCAAGUUUCCAGCUAGGUUAACUGCAGAACAGAAGGCUGGUUUCAAGAAGCUUCUUGGUUGA